UUGAAACAAAUGGAUGAACUCAAAUAUUUUUUAGGUACAGCUACAAGCUAUUGGGAUCCUCAUCAACAAGUCAAAUCGUUUCAUUUACCAACAGGGGAAAAUAUCUCUUGUGUCUUUUGGAAUGAUCUGUUUCAUGUGACAGGAACAGAUAUCGUUCGUUGCCUCUUGUAUCGUUUCCAUCUCUUUGGUAGACCAGUAACAAAUUUAAAAAAAUUUGAAGAAGGUAUAUUCUCUGAUUUACGCAAUUUGAAGCCUGGCAUAGAUGCCUCACUUGAGGAACCCAAGUCAUCCUUCCUUGAGAUGCUCUACAAGAAUAAUUGCAUAAGAACACAAAAGAAGCAAAAGGUCUUCUUUUGGUUUUCUGUACCUCAUGAUCGACUU